AUGUCUAAUACAAUAUCAUUAUCACCCGACAAAAAUAGAAAACGUCCAUCUGUAUCUUCAAAAUGUUUAUUAAAUAUAAAAUCUAUUGUUACUCAAAAUGUUUCAAUAAAUAAUAAUAAUAAAACUGCAUGCCUACGUUCACCAACAUCAAUACCUCCGCCAUUACCAGUAAUCAAUUCAUUAAUAUCAUCAAAAGAUUCUAUCAAUAAUUUCGAUAAUACAAAAGAAAUUGAAAAUAAAAAUCGAAAAAAAUCACAAUCAUUUCCAAAUCAAAAUAUUCUUAUUGAAUGUAUAAAAAAAUCUGAUUUGAAAAAAACAUUCGAUCAACAAAUUAGUACGAUAAAUGGACAUGAUCGAAUACAGUAUGAAAAUAGUAAAUCACCAUCAAUAUCUAUUGAAUUAUCUCAAGUAUCAAUCAAUAAAACAGAACAUCGAAAAUUACCAUCACGUACAUCUUCUAAUUCUAAUAUUUCUAAGGAAACAAAUUCUGAACAAAAUUCUUCUCAAAAAUCUUUACAAAUGAACAAGAACGAGCCAUCAAUUAUUCCACCUCUUCCAUUAAAGUGUUCUAUAUAUCCUUUUGAUUUAUCUUCGUCUUCUGAUCGUACGAAACCAUUAUUAUCAUUUCCUACUCAACCAUCAAAUAAUUUAAAUGAAACUAAACUCAAUGAACAUUCGAUUCCAAAUUGUCAAUUAAUACCUAUACAUAGAUUUGAUUCAACAUCACAAAGUAUUUCUACUAUUGAUGAAGAUGAAGAUGAUGAUAUUAAUUUAAGUCAAUCAAUUAUUAUUGUUAAUAGUUCAUUACAUUUACCAGUAGAUCCAAUAAUUUCUAAUCAAACUAUAUCAAUGAAAGCACGUUUAAGUGAACGUACUGAAAAAGAAUUUUAUAACCAUCGAAAAGUAAAAAUGAAUAGUUAUGAUCCAAGUCCACAUUUUUCAAGAAGUUAUACACGUUUACCACAUUCAUUACGUAAUAUGAAUUCUUUGGAAUCUGGAACAAUUCGAUCACCAACAAUGAUUACUCCUGCUUUUCGUCGUCAAUUUCCUCAAUUUGAAUCUGUACGGACACCUGUACAAAAAUCAUCAAUGAUAAAACAAGAAUUUCAAUCUAAAAUACCUUCAGAAUUAUUCGAUUGUUGUCAAACUGAAACAGUUUCUCUAACAACAGAAAUAAUUACAACACAACGUAGUGUUAAUCAAAGAAAUUCUCAACGACAAACAACAACAAUUGAAACUAGUUUAAAUGAAUCUGAAGCUCGUUUGAAUUAUUUUCGUGAUGUAGAAAAAAUACGUGAAAUAAUGAUUAAUGUAUCGAAACGAUUAAUCCAAGAAAAUGAUUCAAUAACAAAAAUACCUAUUGUUGAUACUCAUUGUCAUUUUGAUCUUAUUUUUGAUCGUCUUCGUAUUAAACAUAAUAAUUUAAAAAAAUAUUUUAAUGAUUAUAAUGAAUAUUAUCCAUCGGGUCUUUCAUUUGAAUUAGCUAUUCAAGUUUUUUGGCGACCAAAACAUUUAACUGAAAAUAAUUGGAUAAAUUGGUAUUCAAGUUAUUUAGAUGAUGAACGUGUUUAUGGUUCUUGUGGUAUACAUCCACAUUGGAGUUCAGCAUGGAAUGAAACAUCAAUUGACGAUAUUGAACGAUGUUUAAAACAUCCAAAAAUUGUUGCAAUCGGUGAAAUUGGUUUAGAUUUUGGACCAAAAAAUGAAUGUUUAAUACAUGAACAACGUCGAGCUUUUGAAGCACAACUUAAAUUAGCUGCUAAAUGGUUAAAACCAAUUGUUAUACAUUCUAGAGAUGCUUAUCAAGAAACAUUUCAACUUAUGAGACAAUAUCUUGAACCUGAUCAUAAGAUUCAUUUACAUUGUUUCGUUGGAACAAUGAAUGAUGUUGAACUUUUCACAUCUUAUUUUACGGAAAUAAAAUUUGGUUUUACUCCAAUUAUAACUCGUACUAAUUUUCUUCAUACAACUAUACAACAACUUGAAUUAACACAAAUUUUAUCUGAAACUGAUUCACCUUAUUUUACACCUGAAGAAUUAUCUACACUUUCACGUUGUGCACAUCCUGGUAUGGUUUAUAGUGUUGUUGAAACGAUAGCACAACUUCGACAUUUACCUGUGAUGGAUGUUGCUUGUCAAUUAAGAGAAAAUGCUCGUCAUAUAUAUGGUGUUUAA